CCGUAUCUCUGCACUGAACGCUGUACUGCACCGAGACGGGUCUGUCACUUGAAGUGAUUUUCCUCGAAAUCGAGUCUUGAUAUACGAUCCAGCUCCGAGAGGAUUCACCAUCGCCUCCCGCUUCCGCGACGACAGCGUUUUUGCUUGGUGAAUGGUGUUACUCGCACCGGGUGCUGGACGAGCGAAUCGUCAACGGAUGUCAGUUCACCGCGCAUGCUCUGCAGUACUCGUUGCAUGGCGGCGCAGCUCCUGUGCAGCGAGUUGCUACGCGCCGCACAUGCCAGGGAUACACCAUUCCAAGUUCUACUGGCCUCGCACCCGCUCCGACGCACGGCCGCCUAUACUUCUUCGCCAGCGCAGUACGAGCAGAUACAGUCCCGAAAUCUCUUACCUGCUCUAUCCGCCGCACGUAGGCGAUUCCACAGCCCACGGGUGGUUGGCGUGAAGGCGAAGGCUAAUUCCGCUUCAAACUUCAGUUAUCCCGGGUCCGGCGAACGAGAACGUGGUCCAACAAGGCUCCCGGCCGUCGCUCGGACGAGACGAUGUAAUGGCUUGGUCGACUCGCUACGACAGGCCGAGAAUGAUGCACGAAUGGAUGUGCGACGACAGUGUAGGGGUCUCUCGGCAGUAGGCUUGUGCCGAACGGACGAACUCAGUCUGCUCAUGCUGAGGGUAGGAGCUCGUAGCCUGCCGUUCGUCAUGCGCACAUGCAUCCUCGGCAACGACGGACGUGGUACUCGCAACGAAGAGGAGGUUGUUACACCCGGAAGACGUAGAUGGGCGGGAAUCUCGUGCUAUUCAGGUAUAUAUCUAGUAGACAGGACAAUGUAAUGGCUAGGUCGGCUCACAACAAGCCGCGUAUCUAAUACAUGAUUGGGAUGCUAGCGAGCAGAGACGACUAUGAAUGCGAGUGAGCUCGUCUCGCGGGCAAUCAAUGGCUCGAUCGAUUUACUAUCUACUGUGCGGGAGAAUACACCAGAUGUGCGACGACAGUGUAUACAUGUGCAUAUGAACCCGUUCCGCAGAUCCUAUGGAGCGAUCGAC